AUGAAAAUUGAAUCAAUUAUUUUACUAUUCCUUUUACUUGUUGUAAGUAACUAUUGAAUUUAGAAAAUCUGAAUGUUUACUAAAUUAAUUUGAUGAUCUACGUUGAAGAUGAGUACAUUUGGUUUCACUAAACAAGAAGCUCUUAGACACUGGAACGAAUGUUUAAGUGAACAGACAAUUAGUAAAGCUGACUUGGAAUAUUUUAAAAAGCGAAAAUCUUAUGAGUUUGACUGUUUCAAUGCAUGUGUCAUGAGAAAACGAGGAAGUAUAAACAAUGGAAAAAUAGAUGUUGUAAAAUUAUUAUCUACUUUAAGAGGAAUGGGUUUGAUUAACAAUUCUCGGACCCAAGAACAACUUCAAAGGUGCGCCUCUGUAGCAAAUAAAGAACGAAACGAAUGCUUCGUCGCGAAAAACAUGUUAGAUUGUUUUUUCAUCAAGUAAUACUAAUAAUUAUAUUUUUACAAAAAUCAGUAAUUAUGGUGAAUACAUUGUUUGUAAUUGUAAAUGCAGUUUGUAAUACCGUAUGUAUCGAAUUUUUAUAAAAAAUCAUGCGCUUACAGUGGGUAUUUGAAAUAAACUUUUAUUAACUAAAGUAAACAUAAUUAUUUUACUAUGUACUUUUUAGCGAUUGCACGGACUAUUGCAAAAAAUAUGUUUUUAUUUGAUUUUUAUUUGACAAUUGUAAUAAUGGUUUAUAUCUAUCUGACGUCUUUUAAUUUGAAGCUCAUUUAUAUUCUUAUCUUACCUAAAAUGUUAUACUACAUGUAAUGUUCAGCUGUUUUUAGCUGCAACUCUAAGUUCGAACAACAAUUAUAAUGUACAAAUAUUGUAAUCCUA